GGGGCCCUCCCUGCGCGCGCACCCUCCCCUCCCCUCCGGCCACCUCCUGGCGCCCGGCUGGGCUGCGGGCGCUGAUUGGCCGCCGCCUUCCCGCCUCCUUCUCCCCCUCCGAGAACCCGCCAUUUUGAAAAGCUUGUUGAUUCCGGGAGAGAGAGUGGCCGGCUGAGCGGCCGCGGGACGCAGCGCGCCCGCCUUGCGCCGUGUGUGGGUACUUGUGCGCCGGGGCGCAGGCCGGCGCCCGGCUCCGCCCCCUCCCCCGCCUUCCCUUCUCCGGUAACUGUCGUUUCCAGCUGCCGUUGCUCCCGCAGCCGUGUCCGAUAAAGGAGCCAGAAGCUGGGGUUCGAGCUGAGAACCAUGUCUUCUGUUGCUUCAUCAAAAGAAGACACGAUGUCACCUGAAAAAGCAGACGAGAAACAACCUGAAACUGAAAACAAAGCUGAGGAAAGUGAUGAAGAGGAGGAAGAAGAGGAGGAGGAGGAGGAGGAAGAAGAAGAAAAGGAAAAGAGUCUCAUUGUUGAAGGAAAACGGGAGAAGAAGAAGGUAGAUAGACUGACCAUGCAGGUGUCCUCAUUGCAAAAGGAGCCUUUUACAAUUACCCCAGGAAAAGGACAAAAACUCUGUGAAAUUGAAAGGAUACAGUUUUUUCUGAGUAAAAAGAAGACGGAUGAACUUAGGAACCUGCACAAACUUCUGUACAACAGGCCAGGCACUGUUGCUUCCCUGAAGAAGAAUGUGGGUCAGUUCAGCGGAUUCCCAUUUGAAAAAGGAAGUGACCAAUACAAGAAGAAAGAAGAAAUGUUAAAGAGAUUUAGAAAUGCAAUGUUGAAAAGUAUCUGUGAAGUUCUUGACUUGGAAAGAUCAGGAGUGAAUAGUGAGCUGGUAACCAGAAUCUUAAACUUCUUAAUGCACCCAAAAUCUUCAGGCAAGCCUUUGCCUAAGUCCAAAAAAACACCAAGCAAAGGUGGCAAAAAAGAGCGCAGUAGUAGUGGAACAACAAGAAAAGCAAAACGCACCAAGUGUCCAGAGAUCUUAUCAGAUGAGUCCAGUAGUGAAGAAGAUGAAAAGAAGGAAAAGGAUGACUCUUCAGAAGAGAAAGAAAGUGAAGAUGAGCCUCCUAGAAAAGCUUCUAAAGUUUCUAAGCCUAGAAAGAUGACUUCCAAAACCAAGAGAGCUGUGAAGGGUGCAAAUGUGAAAAAGGCAGAUAGCAGCACUACUAAAAAAAAUCAGACCAGUUCCAGAAAAGAAAGUGAGUCUGAUGAUAGUUCAGAUGAUGAGCCUUUAAUUAAAAAGCUGAAGAAACCACCUACAGAUGAAGAAAUUAAGGAAACUGUCAAGAACUUGUUGGCCAAUGCAAACUUGGAGGAAGUCACAAUGAAACAAAUUUGCAAGAAGGUGUACGAAAACUAUCCUAGUUAUGAUUUGUCUGACAGGAAAGACUUCAUUAAAGAAACAGUCAAAGAGUUGAUUUCAUGAUCUGGUUUGACUGUGGGAAAUGAAGAUUCCUGGUUUUUGUGUUCCCGUGGAUUCGAAGAUCUGAUAGGCACCAGCAAAAGGAAUGUGUCUUACUUUUGUGUUAUUUAGUCAGAGCUGAUUCUGCUGAUCUAAUGUUAAGAUUGUUGAUGUAAAUUGCAUUGUGUCUGUUUUUUUUUUUCCUUCAAAACUGCAUUUGAUGCAGUUUUUAGUUGAACAUAGUUAAGUUUUGUGCAUGGCAGUAGAUGUUCCAUUUUUUAUAGGUUUUGUACAUUUUGAAUUGCUUUGUAUAACUAGAUUUAUUAGAACCAUCAUAGCAUUUUAGUGUGGAUUGCUAUUUUGCAGGAGAUUAUUUUAAAAUGAAGUUAAGAUGAAAGCUGCUUAUCUGCACAUACACAUGCAGAGACUGGAGUAUUGCAGUAUUGGUUACAAAGGUAUUUAGGAUACAUGUCUAUUCUGAAAACAACAGGAGUUGGCCACAUGUUAAUGUCUUUUAUAUUCUGAUACCUUUUACAUCUGCAAAAUUAUUCUAAACCUGGGUUACUGUCUUGCAUGUGUAGGCACUGAGAGAACUAUCAAAGCAUGGUAACUAAUUGGCACAUAGAUGUUAUUUUUGUACUUUUUAAAGGCUUUCUGUUGUGUAUAUAAAGUUAUUUUGGAUUUCUUUUGUGCAAAUCAGUUUUCUAAUCUUGUUAUGUUUGAAUUUGACAUGAAAUGUCAGCAGUGAGGCUGUGAUGAAAAGUGGUAUGUAGAAGUUUCAUGAAACCAUGAAUGAGUUGGGGUUUUACAAUGUUUGUCCCAUCUUCUCUUGUACAGAAACUAAACUGUAGUUUUAUACUUAAGCUUUUCAGCAUUUAACUUUGUAAAAAAAAAUGGCUACAGAUGCAUUUGUUUUAAUGGCAUGAUACAGUAAAUGAUCUCUCCAAAAACUUCAGGAAAACUUCUCAAGUUUACUUUUCAACAAAAUCUUAUUUCAGUGUCACUAGCUGGCCUAGCAUUGGCGAGGUGGGUAUCCAGGUUGUACAGCCAGGAAGCUCAAUAGCUUUGAAAGUCCCAAGUUGGGCUUCCAAAUGAGGGCAGCAGUGAAGCGUGUGGUUAAAUUCUUUUCUGUGUGAAAGAGUUCUUCUGAAUCUGAGGCCUGAUGCCACAAGAUACAGUGGUAUUCUAAGCCUGCAGUUUUGAAUUUUAACUCGUAGCUCUUCAGAUACACUCUUUGCAUAAAUUUUUGCUGGUUAGGUUUCUGUUCUCCAUACACCAUCUUGCUAAUAUAGAAAGUUUCUACACUUCAAAUCAUAAAACCAGUAGUUGCCAAAGUAUGGGCUGCCGUUAGUACCACGAGCACAGGAUCCCUCUGAUUGUAGUUUUGCUGGAAAGACAAAGUGUAUUUUUUUGAAUUUUAUUAUUGUACAGUUGAGAAAUAAGGAUUCAUAAAUGAUCUAAAUUCUGUAAAUGUUCAGCCAAUUAGAGACUGUUAAUCUUGGCACACUUUUGGAAUUCCUUUGCGUGUAAUCAUUUAUAAUAUGGCUGAAUGUAAUGGGUUCUUUUUUAUUACUAUUCAAUAAAUGUCUUUCAGAAAAAUGUAAA